AUGGUAUGGGGCGCUUCUUCAAUCAUGCUUCACAAGUAUUGCCUGUUCUGUCUCACUAUUAUCGCCAGCCUCUCCGGUCUCUUCGUUGUGAGCGUGGAUGGCGCAAUAUUCGGCAGGGACGACGAAGGCCAACACCAGAUAUCUGAGGAACUUUUUGGCUCACUAGAAGAGCUCGCACGUAUCGUCGAUGUCUCGUACUGUGUUGGAACCACUGAAGUUCGGAAGCCAUUCGAGUGUCUCAGUCGUUGUAGCGAAUUCCAGGGCUUCGAACUGGUCACCACAUGGAAUACCGGCCCUUUCCUCUCCGAUUCCUGUGGCUACAUAGCCCUAUCUCAUGAACCAUCCCCGAAACGCAUCAUCGUUGCCUUUCGCGGUACUUACUCGAUCGCCAACACGAUCAUCGAUCUAUCUGCCUAUCCUCAGGCCUAUGUACCGUAUCAUCCCGAGAAUGGAAAAGAGUCUGCCCUUUUACAAUGUCUGAACUGCACCGUCCAUGCAGGUUUUUUGACCUCUUGGAGCAACACUCGCGCCAUAGUACUCAAGCACGUGUCUGCGGCAAGGGCCCGGUAUCCGGAUUACGACUUGAUCUUGGUCGGUCACUCGCUUGGUGGCGCCGUCGCCGCACUCGCCGGUGUCGAAAUGCAGCUACGCGGGUGGGAUCCACAAGUCACCACGUUCGGAGAGCCAAGGAUCGGAAACAAGGCACUUGUCGGAUUUCUGGAUCGAAUCUUCGAUCUGGAUGGCUUGAGGGAAGGAAAGGGAGCUGAUGCCCGGGACCCAAGAUUUCGAAGAGUCACACAUGUCAACGAUCCGGUGCCCCUACUCCCACUGCAGGAAUGGGGCUAUGAGAUGCACGCGGGGGAGAUAUUUAUCGCUAAAGCGGAGCUUCCACCGUUACCCCAUGACAUCAAAAUAUGCCAAGGCGACAGCGAUGCUCGAUGCAUUGCAGGGACGGAUGAAGCUGUAGGGCUGAUGCUGAAGGAGUUUGAUGAUAUCAUUUUGGACAAGCAACCCCUAUCGAAACGAGUCGAAUCACCCCAUCAGGCUGUUUUGAAAGAUGGAAAUUCUGACAGUAGUGCAAAUGCUGUCGUUGCUGAUCAUAAGCAACCACAGACGCCAUUCAGCCUCCCUUGGCAUCUCAUUUCCUCCAGAUACCGGCUGUGGGAGCUAUUCUUUGCACAUCGCGACUAUUUCUGGCGGCUUGGGCUUUGUGUACCAGGUGGUGACCCAACUGGCAAGAGAUAG